UUUAGAGGGCUCCAAAUUCUUAGCAAUUGUAACAUCUGGCUUCUCAGUACUAUUUGAGCCUAGAUACUGGAAACAUGCUGAACCGAUUUGAUCCCGGAGCUGGUUUUUUUCAAUAUUUCUGGCACCACAGGAUCUUCUCGUGGUUUUGAUGGGUUAUUCAUUGGUGAUUAAGUACAUCCACAUAGGUUACGCAUCUCGUAGGAAACGAGCUAUUGGGCAUAACCGGUCGAUUUUUAUGCUUUGGAAUUCCGUCGGUAUUUCUGAAGAAGCCAACUUGAGUGUUCACGGGUGGGUUGACAGGAGGCUGGUUUGAAAAUUGGACAGGCUCGCUACGAAUUUCGUGAGUUCCUCUGAAAUAACUCAACUAUUGAAACAAAUAUGCGUAUUCUUACUGUCUGAUUUUCAGCAUUUCUCCAGAGUUUUUUGAUAGAAAUGGAUGACAUCUCUUCGGCGUACUCAUGAUUCUGUAACUAUAAUACACUUUAAUUUGUGAAAAGUUGAAAAUAUUAUGUAUGUGAGAAACUAUACGUCGCCGACUAAAAAAGAAAGGAAUGAAAUUUGGGAUGAGGAAGAAAACUACUUGUUUUUGUUUUGUACCGAUGGCGUAAUAUAUUGUGGUAAACAUUGACGCACUGUUCAAAUAAUCAGAAGCAAGGUAAUUGUUUAUUAUGUAUGACCUCAAUUUAAAAAAAAAUAAUUAAAAAUGAAUCAAGGAAAUCGCUAGACUUAUUUUUCAGGUCUAUUCAAACUUGAUAAGUUAAACGAAAAAAUUGUAAAAAAAAAUCAUUGUAUUUUUUAAGUGUGGGGUUCCAAUAUAGAAGCACUAAGAAUAUAUGCAACGUCAAUUUUAAAUCAAUUUUUGUAAGGAUAACACUAGAUAAAUAUUUAAAAAAGGCGAGAUAAAACUAGCAACGUGUUGCGAAGGGUUGUUCCACUGCUGUUCCAUUGCUAAUAGUUAGUUGUGAGAGAGGAAAAUGAUUGCAAAAUCAUAUGACCGCGGCGGAAAACUGGCAAAACACUGGCAAUUUUUUGGGAUGAGGAAUAAAUGAGGAACAAACAAUUUAUGAAAUACUUCAAAGAAAAAACAUGAAAACCGAUGAACAAGGUGAAGCGACUUUCUCGCACGGCAUAAUUUUCUGUUGGCGUUCUUAUUUUGAAAAAAGGCUAAAAAAGUAUUGGUUGGAGAAAACAUGAAAACUAAAUUGAUAUCUUUUCAAGUUUUUCACUAAAGCGUUUCGAAAUUAACGCUGGACGUGCUUUUGCCAUGAAUUAGAUCAGUGUAAUACAAACAAUUUGGUAUCUUACUGAUAGAAGUAAAAUCAGAUUUUAUAUAGUUCACAGUCAGUGGUGCAGAUGCCUUCUCAGCAACUCCAAGUAACAUCUCUCCCAUCAUCAGAGUAAGCAUCAAGUUCAUAAUGAUUUUUUUUCAGCAUUACAUAUGGUGUUUCUGUCACACGAAAAUGUGGUACUUGAACAUUUCUUUGUAACUGAGCUUUUUAGUCUUUUGUUAACAUGCACAUUUGUGGCCGGCUCCGAGAAACCAAUCUGAAUAUGAAAUUUUUAUAGGUGUGAGCAAUAAACACGCGUUGUUCGAAUAUUAAAAUGUGCCAUAUUACAUGCUCAAAAUUCAGAAAACCACACCCUAUGGCCAUGCGUAUCUAAAGUUAACAACAUCAACUUUUAACAUUUCUUGUAUUUUCAGCUGUCUCUCCUUUUUAACCACGGCGUCACAGGAAAAUUCUUGAAUUUCCAAAAAUAUAUAAUUUCCUUCAAGUUUCCUCUUGGACGUAAUUUGAAAAAUUCAAUAAAAGUGCAUUUUCAAUAUGGAAAAAAGACUUGAAGGGCCUAUGCGAGAGCUCCUCUUGGAUAUUUCCGACUCUGAAAAAAAUUGGCUUUACUAUUCAGUGGUAUCACUUUUUGUUGUGUCUACAAUUGGUGCAACUAUAUUGACAAUGUCUUUUUUAGUUUUAUCAAUACUUUUGUGGAGACAUUUCAAAUCGAUGAGAUUCUUCUGGUUUCUAACUCAAUUAACAACAUCAGCUUUUGUAAUUUCUGCUGCAAAUUUGUUCAUCAACAUUCCAGCUGCACUAUCUUUAUUUUCGAAAGAAGUAACACAAUCACGAAUGUUUUAUUUUGUGUCUUAUAUAAUCGAUUUUUGUCAUUACUCUAUUCUUUUUUCAAAUUUGGUAAUUGCCGUCCAACGUGCUUUUGUAUUUUUUCUCCGGAAUUUGACGGAUAGGUUCUUCGAGUCAAAAGUUAUAUAUAUUUGGAUUUCAAGUAUCUACAUAUUUGCUUUUGGUGUGGAAUAUGCAUUAAUGUUUUCAAAUUGUCAAUAUCGCUUUGGUGAACUUGCUAGAAAAUACCAAUUGAUUUGUGAAACAACCAAUUAUGCAAAUGUCGUUAUCACAAUGACAACCCCUACCGAAGUUCAACUUAUGGAAACUAUGCUUCAAAUUUUCCUUCCUUUGUCUAUACUUAUCAUAUAUAUUGCCAUAACUGUCAAAAUAAUAUAUAUGAAAGGCAGCACACUGAGCAAAAACGAAACUCUGAUAUUAAAGCAAGCUAUUUUUGUAUUUUUAAUUUUUCAAGCAUCGUCUUGUGUGUUUUUAUUUGCUCAAUCUGUUCAAAUUACAAAUGUUGGAGCUUUUUUAGUCAAGCGUUUUGUAAAUACGAUGGAAAUACUUGCCGGUGCAGCCACACCUUCAUUUUUCUUUUUCACAUCGAAAGAAAUACGGAAACUUGUUUCCACUAGAGUUUCAGCUGUCAGCUCACAAGGACCGUCGAACAUACAAGUUAGAGCUGCGAGAACUUUGGAGUGAAACAAACAACAUAAUAUUGACGAACUUCCCCUCGGAAAUAUUCUGAUGAAAGUCGCGUUUUUUUAAAUGUUUUCCUUGAUUAAAUCUGACUUUUUCUGUUUAUAAAACUCAAUUUUUCUGUGUAUAAACUUUAUGUACUUACGUACAGAAUA